GAGUCUUACUGGAGCAGUAAGUAGGUCAUACUGUCUCAGGGCGCUCCGCGAUGUAGCGAUCUAUCAUUUUAGUCUGUCUUAUCGCUUCUUUAGCUUCAUAUCUUGGCGCAAAUAAGACACGGAUGUAGCUCAUUUGCGCAUCACAUACACAGCACAAGCCAUUCUUUCCACGUUUUACGAUCUACAAUUCCGGAGUCUGAAGGCCUAUCUUUCCGUGGCUUCUCCCUCCGCAGAAGUGACCCGGCAGCAGGGAGGCCCGAGUGUGUUCCGACUCCUCGCUUCUGUGGCUCUCCCAUGCCGCCUCGCGCUGCUGACCGCAAGCUCGCCAACCUCGCUGUGAAGCGGCUGGUGUCCGACAUUCUCGACGCGCCGUGCUGUGACACGGAUGACUAUGUCUCGUACCUCAGCCACCUGUCCACCAGCCAGUCCGUUCCUCCUGCCAGCAGCCGGAAGCGCAAGACAACUGUAGACUCCCAGGGACUCUCUCCCGCUAAGCAGCGUGGCGCCGGGCACAGCAUGGACGGUCUGCUGCACCAAGUGCAGCGGCUCAAGAUGACCGAGCAAGCUCUGGCGUCCCCUUUACAGGCAUCCCCUUUACAGGCGUCUCUGUUACAGGGCGCUUCAUUACAGUCAUCUCCCUCAGACUCCAGUUUUGCGAACCCGGGCCAAGCAACACAUGAUGCAGAAGGGUCUGUUACACGGCUGGAUUCCUCACCCCCCACUGCCUCACAUAGCCAAGACCCUUCCACGGCCCCGCAGCAGCAGGAGCAUUCCCUAGGACCCACCGCAGCAGCUGUAGCACUGGCCGGAAGAGCCUCUGUAACACCUAACGUAGGAUCAGCUGUAGCAUCAGCUGUAGAAUCAACAGUAGGCUCAACAGUAGGAUUAGCAGGAGCAACACGCCUCACCCCACCACCGCCGUCCAGUGCUCGUAGAUCCCUAGACCUGAGCGGGAUGAGCCUCAACCCCCACGUGGCAACUCUUGAAUCGACUCAAAAGCCACAAUCCACCGCCCCACCGCCGCCGCCUGGUGCUCGUAGAUCCCUAGACCUGGGCGGGAUGAGCCUCAACCCUCAUGCGGUAGAGUUCGUACCCGUCUCAGGCACACCUCCCCUCCCCAACGCCCUUAACACCACAUCAGCAGCAGCAGCAGCAGCAGCAGCAGCAGGUGCAGGGUACGCUGCCUUGCUGCAGGGCGGUGCAGCAGGGUAUGCGGGCGCGGAGGAGGCGUUCGAGGAGUGCGAGGAGGACCUGUGCCGGUCGCAGUCGCACAACAGCAAUGCGUCGGACGACGAGUACCGGCGCUUCUGGCGGAACAAGCUGCCCGACGAGCUGCUCAGCUUCGAUGAGUCGCCCAAGGAGGGACGGGAGGGGAGGGAGGGGAGGGAUGGGAGGGAUGGGAGGGAUGGGAGGGAUGAGAGGGAUGAGAGGGAUGAGUUUUUGCACAGCGGCAUGGGAAUGGAGAUGGAUAUCGGUGGGGGUGGGGGUGGAGGAGGAGGAGGAGAAAGGCGAGGGGACAUGCAUCGCAGUGCCAUCAGCAUGCCUUCCUUGGACAGCACUCACAUGCCUCGCAAUGCUGCUGCUCCUCCCCCUGGGGGCCCAGAUGGCGGUUUUGACCGGCAGGGUUAUGGGUACUCGUUCCGGCAGGGCGUAGGUCCCCCUGCGGCCCAGUCUAUGGGGAAUAUUCUCGAGGAGAUUAAGUCAGACUCGGCUCUAGACCACCUAGUAGGCGUAGGAGGCACGUCUCAUAGUCUCACAGGACCCGGUCAGUACCUCCCCCAGAGGUCACCUGGCAACCCUCUCAUGGGGUCACCCAUGGCACGGCCCCGCUCCUCCUAUGACCCUUCUUUUGAUCAGCCUCGCGGCCCCUCCAAUCCGCACCUGCUGCCUCGCAACGCCCUCAGUCCUGCCUGGAGACCUUCCCCUGGCCCACCUGGGUUUUCACCUGGGCCUCCACCUGGAGGACCACCUGGCUCUGUUGGUCCCGUCCCUUCCAGCCCUGUGAUUGGCCACGGAGUGCCCCCUUCACCUAUGGGAACACCCAGCAGGUACCCCCCUUAUGGUGCGGUCAACCCUAACCUUAACCACAUGAGUCCGCAGCAGAGCCCUGCCAGGGGCCCUCCUCCCUACGCCUCGCCCGGCGGCCCUCUAUCCCGAUUUGGUGGAAGUGGUAACCCUGUUACAUCCAUGUCUAUGCCUGGUGCCGCCUCCCCCCCUCCCCCCCUCCAUCACUCAUUCAACAGCCCUGCUAGGGGCUACCCUCCCACAAAUCUAGACCAGAGGGUCAUGCACCCCCCACCGUUUGAGCUCCCAGGGCCAGCUGGGGCCGGGAACAUGGGGGGAAGGGGAGGACCAGGUGGAGGAGAUAGCAUGUGGGGAGGCAAGGGCGGAGUGGGCGGGGGAAUGAGAGAGCGAGCAAUGUCGAUGCCAGUGGGGUGGGGGCCAGACGAAGGGGUUGGUGGGGACGAUCCUGUGCACAUACUCGCUACUGAGUUCCCCAUGUUCAGUAUAAGCACCUUGGCUGAGAUCUUCUUUUCUAAUGGUGCGGACCUUCCUCGGACCAUGGAGAUUCUGACCCAGCUGCAGCUCCAGGACGAAAUGACCCUCCCAUCGCCAAACCACCGCCGCCCCCUUCCACCCCCCUCCGCGCACCCCCCUCCCCUCGACUCCCACGACUUCCCCUCACUCUCCCCCCUCGACCCCCUCCCCUCCUCCUCCCCCAUGCUCCGCCCACGCCCCUCCCCCCAAGCCCCUGACAUGCGGCCUAUGCAAGGCUCUGCUCCUGAUUUCGCUGGGGUGCUCAGGAAGCCUUUGCCCCCCUCGGCCGCCUCUCAGAAUGCCUGGGGGGGUUUGCAGGCCGAGAGGAGUGGGGGAGGGGAGGGGGGCAUGGGAGGGGGAGGGGGAGGGGGAGGGGGGUAUGAGCCUGCAGGAAGAGGAGGGGCUCAGCCGUGGCUGGAAACUGGCAAUGCUGUUGCCAACCUGUAUGGGGACAUGAGGGAGGAGGCACGGGACCAUGCCAGAAUACGAAACGCGUGCUUUGAGCAGGCCACCCAGGCGUACCUGGCGGGCAACAAGGCAGCAGCCAAGGAGCUGAGUGCGCGCGGUCAGUGGCACAACGAGCAGAUGAAGGCCGCGCAUGCCAAGGCCAGCGACGCCAUCUUCCGCACCCGCAAUGCGGCUUCGGGCUAUCUAAGCGGAGGGCCAGGGGACGGGGGAGAGGCGCGGGUGUUGGACCUGCAUGGGUUGCAUGUGGGGGAGGCGAUACCCAUGCUUAAGAGGGAGAUUGCUGCCAUGAGAAAUGCUGCCCGCUCCACCCAGCAGAGGCAGCAGGUGUAUGUGUGUGUGGGAACGGGCCACCACACCAAGGGGCGCGCACCCCUGCGCCUGCCACUGGCAGUGGAGCGGUAUCUGGUGGAGGAGGAGCGGCUGCAGUUCAUGGAGACACAACCAGGCAUGCUAAGGGUGCUGGUGUAGCUUGCUGUGUGUGCUGGUGCGGUAACACCUCUGGCUACAUGUGUUAAAGCAUGCAGUAGUGUGUAACAGAGUGCAGCAGAGUGUGGCAGUGGAGCGGUAUCUGGUGGAGGAGGGGCGGCCGCAGUUCAUGGAGACACAGACGGGCAUGCUGCAGGUGCUGGUGCAGCUUGCUGUGUGUGCUGGUGCGGUAAUGUGCAGCAGUGUGUAACAGAGUCGCUCUUACAUGAUGGUAUCUUCUGGACCAGGAUGGGAGUUCUGGUGCAGCAGUAGCUGUGCAGUGCACGAGCUACAGCCAUGCAGUAGAGUGUGCACGUGUGCCAUGAUGGCGCUGCCGCCGGUUAUGUUUCCAUCAACGGCUGACAGCACCCCAUCAGCAGCAGACGGCAUCUAAGGCUGACAACGUCAAUGGCUGACAGCAUCAACGGCUGACACCAAUGGCUGACAGCAUCAACGGCUGACUCCAAUGGCUGACAGCAUCAACGGCUGACACCAAUGGCUGGCAGCAUCAACGGCUGACACCAAUGGCUGGCAGCAUCAACGGCUGACAUCAAUGGCUGUCAGCAUCAACGGCUGACAUCAAUGGCUGUUAGCAUCAACGGCUGGCAUCAACGGCUGACACCAUCGACAGCUGAUCCUUCGAUCCCGCUCUUGCUUGUCACCUUGUUUCAAAAGGCAUGCCUUUUGAGCGGGCAGUUACACGCUGCCAAGUCGAAAUUGGGUGCUGUAUGUUCUCUGUAGUUUGUUAGUGCAUUGUUUUUCUUUUGAUGUGGCUUUAUGUACAUUGCUCUGAUGGUACGCUAGGAGGGCCAGAGUUCCUGCCAUGCCAAUAUGUGAAGUGUGUAAUGUUGCAGUUUAGUGUAGCCUCGUAAUUUUGAUUCCGAUACUUAAUUU